CGCAUGACGUCAGUGCGUCAGCUGGUUUAUGUUUACAUCGCGUCAAUUUUUUCGCAGUCAAGUUAGACCUUAUUGCGCCCGGAGCCAAAAACACGACGUGCGCGUUGAUGUGAUCGAUGGACAUUGCUGGUUUGGACGAGACAACCGCUGAGGUCCGAGAUCACACGACAGCGAUAGGCGCGCAUCGGGACCGGUCUUAGAAGCUCUUCUGUUUUGGUCAUGGGUGGAGCCGUGAGCGCAGGCGAGGACAACGACGAGCUGAUUGACAACCUGAAGGAGGCCCAUUACAUCCGCUCGGAUCUGGUGGAGAGGGCCUUCCGAGCCAUUGACAGAGCAGACUAUUACCUGGAGGAGUACCGUGACAGUGCGUAUAAAGACCUGGCCUGGAGACAUGGAAACCUCCAUCUGUCUGCUCCGUGCAUCUACUCUGAGGUGAUGGAGGCCCUGGAUCUGCAGCCUGGCCUGUCUUUUCUCAAUCUGGGCAGCGGGACGGGUUAUCUCAGCACCAUGGUGGGCCUUAUACUGGGUCCGUUUGGUGUGAAUCACGGCGUGGAGCUGCACGCAGAUGUGGUUGAUUAUGCAUAUCAGAAACUUGACCACUUUAUCAAAACCAGCGACAGCUUUGACAAGUUUGAGUUCUGUGAGCCAACCUUUGUGGUGGGAAACUGUCUGGAGAUCCCCCCGGAGAGCCGGCAGUAUGACAGGGUGUACUGUGGAGCAGGAGUUCAGAAAGAGUACGAGAACUACAUGAAGAACCUGCUAAAGGUUGGCGGGAUCUUAGUUCUCCCCCUGGAGGAGAAGUUAACCAAGAUCACCCGCACAGGUCAGAGCUCCUGGGAGACCAAGAAAAUCAUCGCUGUGACUUUUGCCCCCCUCGUCCAGCCCAAACAGAACGUCAAUGGCAGACCUAGGAGCGUUCCUUUACCCAUUUUUGAGGUGCGGACACUACAGGACCUGUGUCGGAUUGCUAUUCGCCACACUCUGCGGCAGCCCAUAGCUAUGGGAGAAGGACGCACAAAGAGACGCGUGUCUUUCCCAGGGGCCCGGGCCAUGCACCGCUACGGGCCCCGCUUCGAACGCCGCCGCUUCUGCCGGCGUUUCUACCGCCAGUGCGUCAACUCCGUGGUUCUCCACGACUCCAUGAUUCCCACAGCCAUGGACGACUGCAACUACCCCGGAGGAGUGGAAGAGGAAGAAGAGGAAGUGGAGGAGGAAGAGGAAAGAGGUUGUCGGCGAGUGAGAGAAGACCUGCCCGAGGAGGACGAGGACGAAUGCGGCGGCACCGAAGAGGACAAAAACAAAAGCGGCUGCGCUCGUGCAGAGCCUCCCGUUAAUAUUCUGAGGGAGAAGAUUCUAAGACUACCGUUACCUGAACCCCUGAAGAUGUAUCUGCUGUAUUACAGGGAGAAAUGAGACGUGGAGACAGAUAAUACGUGCAGCGUAGCGUUAAGAUGAUUAGACAUGAAGAAAAGCCUUUCUCUUCUUCCUCCUCCUCCUCCUCAACUGGAUUAGCAUGACAAUUAAGUCCUCAAUUAAUGACAUCAUGAUAUCCAUAUCCCUUUGAGAAGCAAAGCUCCUUGAUUCGGGAUGUACAGAGACGGGACUGAAGGACUGAGCUCCUUUUCCCGAAUAAUCAACGUCGCCUGAGCUCUUGCAGCUCUUUUUUUAAUUCAUUUUCCCUUCGAUUGAGAUGAUCAAAGUGUACGAUACGAUACAUUGUCCCUGUGGGAAAUGCUUGUCGCCGUGAGCUUUUUUUUUUUUUUUUAGAGUAGCGUGACUUUAGGAAGUGGCGUAGUUUGACAUGGCGGAUGAAUUUUUGUUUUAUAGCUUUAUGGUGCGGUUACGUUUACCCUAGCUUGGUGGAAUCUAUUCAUCGGCGCGACUGGGAGUUUGACGCAAGGAGGUAGAAGUUCCUCAUGCAGAUGUCUCUCGUGCCCGCGGGGUUCGAGAGAAUUCCCCACAACUGCUCGGUUUGAUGUGAGUGGUGCUUCACGCGAUUGGCGUUUCGUGGGAGUACGGAAAAGUACCUCUUGCCCGUUGGUAACGCAAAAUUGCCAUGUUGACUUGUUGAAAAAAACGCUUGGUUUGAAAAUGACUUUUGAUGUUGGACCUUCUUUGCCUGCGAAAUUUCGCUAAUAUGACUGCACCCCAAAGUCGGCCCUCCACUGUUGGAACUCUUUUCCUUGCCUCUACUGUGUUCUCCAAAAUACUAAAUAACGUCUGCAUGUGUACUGCCGUAAUGCACCCGCAUUUUGUCAAUAUUGGAGUUUGUGGUGGUAUGAUGCAUUUUAUCAUGUUAAUUCGAUUACCGUUGCCGGUUGACGCCGCAUUGUAAUUUUAUUCCACACUCGUAUGAAGGCAGGCAUCGUUUCUGCACCCCACACUACAGAAUCAUUGUCAUAUUGCAAGGUUUACAAAUUAUAUUGUAAAGGUUGUGUCAAAACGAAGAGAAAAAAAAAAUAAUUAAAAAGUCUAUUUAUUGGUAAUCACCAAAAAUUCAAGGUAUAUAAAGCACUUUGGUGUUUUUCACAAAUUCAAAUAGUUGCGUUCAAAAUCUUUGGCCCUACUCAGGAAUACUUUAGAAAAACAUUAGUUAUUUUUUUUAAACUCCUUCAUACAAUAAAAAGACCAAAAUGUUAGUACCUUUCUAUUUUUUUGACCAAAAAUGUUGAAAAUAAUCUGCUUUUUAUAUAAUCGCACUACAUCUGUACAGGAAGACUAUUCUAAGCAUACAAUGAUUGGAUCUGGCAAUUCUAUGAUCCCGGGCUCGAUUUCUACACAUUUCAUCAGUCCAGGAGUCCAUUUUCUUUAGUUCUCCUCGAGACCAAUGCUUAGAUAGCCCAAAAACAAUCCAGGAUAUUAUCAUGAGAAAAGUCUUUACUCUUCUGACGUACAAGCAUAUCUACCAAGUUUUGCUUGAAACAAUUGUGUGCUUGUCACAGAACCUUCAAUAAAGUUUGAGUUUGCACACUGGA